GAUAUGUUUUAGUAUAAAAAACAAUUAUUUAUUAUAAAAAAAUGGAUGACGCAGAUAUGCCGGAAUCAACCAGCAAAAUUGAUUCAAUAACAAAUUUAAUACAACAAAUAACCAAUCGUAUAAAAUUUUUAUGUGAUGAUCAAAUAGAUAAAAAAUAUUUAUCAUAUUUAGAAGCAUUAUUUAUUGACAGUAAAAUUCAUUUAAAAAGAGAACAAUUUAAAAAAGUUGAUGGUACAUAUCAAAAAUUAAAAAAACAAUUAAAAAAUUUUCGUUUAACAGUAGUACAAGAUUGUGCUGAAUUAAUGCAAAUAGCUAUUGAGAUAGAUUUGACAAAACGUCGGCUUGAUGAUAUAGAAACAGAAUAUUCGCAAGUUAAAUCAAAUGAAUCGGAUAUUCGAGAAGAUGAAAAUGAUCAAAUAAAUAUUUCAUUUAAAAAUGGACAAUAUUUAAGUAUACUCAUUCAAAUGCAUGCUAAAGCACAAAAAUUAAUUAAAACUUACAAUAGUCGGGUUGAUGAAUAUAGUUUGUAUAUCGAUAAUUUUAACCAAUUUAUUGAACAGUUUAAUCGUGGAUAUAUUAUGUAUACAUCACCAUUAACAGAUAAAACUUAUACGUUAUUAUUAACUGAUAUUGUUCAUGACAUUUUGAAUUUAAUAGAACCGUCAGUUGGUGAAGUUGAUGUAAAACGUAGUCAAAUAUUUAAAUUAUUUGAAACUAGUUAUAAUACAAGUUUGAAUAAUUUAAUGGCUGGUUCAAAGUUAAAUAAGAUUACAGGAUUAAAAGAAGUAAUUAAUACGUAAUCAAAUUAAUUAUUAUUAAUUUUUUAAUGAAAAAAAAAAAAAUGCAAUUAAAUAUUUCAAUAACUAUUGAAAUUUAAACAUUUUAUAAACUCUAAUGAUAAGCCAAGAUCUAACAAUUCAUCUUCUGUUUUAUCUUUUAUAUUUUUAAAAUAAUAAUUAACAGCAUCCCAAGAUAUUUCUUUUAGUGAUGGUAUUGUUAACCAUGUUGAAUUAAUAGCAGAAGUAACUUCAGUCAUCUUUUAAAUUUAAAUAUUUUUCAAAUCAUUAUUGUUUCAAAAUAGUAAUUAGCAUCAAAAAAUUUAUAAGAUAAUUUUUUUUU